UCUUUGUCAUUACAGGAGAGAUGAGCAGACAUGUGUUUUACCCUGGGAGAAUGGCUGUUUCAUUCCGUAAGGGACCACGGGGAUUUCUCCGCCAGGAUCCGAGCGAUGCAGCCAAAGUCCUGAAUGACAACCCGUCUCUGCAGGACAAGCCUGCAGCUGUCAGGGAGGAGCUGGUCAGGCAGAACGCACGGACUGUGGUCCGCCAGAGGGGAGGAGACCCUUCAGAUACAACCCAGGUGUCUGGAGAUUACAUCCUGCAGUUUGGGAAGUACAAGGGGAAGUCCUUCCGCUGGCUUCUGGAGAAUGACAUUGGAUACACCAUCUACCUCAUCAGGAACCAGCAAAGAGAGGAAGCUGCAGGAGUGUUCAUGGCAGCGGGGCACAACAAGGACAGCCUCCUGUCCUUUCUCAACUAUUCCCUCAUGUUUGGAGGAAUCCAGUCUCUCCUCAACUAUGAGGAACACAAGCCAGUUGUGACAGCAGCAGCAUCGGAGGAUGACCAGCUGGUGGGUUUUGGGACUCGUGCCUCCAGCACCUGGGAGAGCAGGGAGGACGGCUCUGCAUCCUUCAUCCUGAAGAAGAAGAACUGCACUGCAGGCACAAAGAUGCAUAAGCUACAACUCUACCUGAAGAAGAAGCUGCAGCCACCCACUGUCUCCCCUGUGAUGUCACACACCUCACCUGUGAUGUCACACGCCUCACCUGCUCCUGCUGAAGCCAUUGUGAUGGAUGAAGAUGAAGAGCUGGAGAGGAUGAUGCUGAGCAUCUCUCCUUCAAAGCAACAUGUGCAGAGCUCUGUUUCUGCAUCUUCGUCAUCCUCCUCAUCUGCCAGACGACGAGAAAGAGGUCUUUAACCCAGAGCACCGUGGCGCCCACCCACACAACUGGGACCAUGAGUUGCUCUCCCACAUGCAGCAGGACUCGUCUGGUGUCGACCGUGUUCUGGUCCUGUUUGUCUUUUGGUGUUCCACCUGUUGUCCUCGUGACUAUGAAUGGACUCCGGUCCUGAUGAGGUACCAUCUGCUACACAGGCAGCACCAGCCAAGGCUCAGGGUCCACCAGGAGAUGCUCCUGCAUCUCCAUCUGUGAAGAGACCUGAGCCCGUUGCCCAGGAGCUCGUGUGUCUGAUGCCAGAAGCAGCACAUCAUCCGUCAGCAGAGCCGACUGUCACACUUCCUGUGUCAGAGGCGCUCCUGAUUUCUCCUGAGACGUCUGCAGAGCCCGGUCAACUGCCAACUCCACAGAUAGGGCAAAGUGAGCCAUUCCCCAGGCCAAUAGCCGUCCCCACCGGUCCUCCUCCACAGCUUCCUGGCUGCCACCAUGACGUCAGCCAGCUGACCUGUUCACAGCAGCAGAGAAUCUGAUGAAGACGAGCUGGAAGCUAUGGGUUGCUUCUGUGGGAUGGGACUGAAGCAGGGCCCAAACAGCCCUCACAUUCACACCGGGUUCCCGGGGGUAGCAGGGAAGUACGUUUAUUGUCCUGCCAAAGUACUUUCCCUGUACAGAGACCAAGGCACGGAGAAGGAGAUGACGUGGAGAGAGUUCCAGGAGUCUGCCUUCUAUGAGACGGGAAAAACAGAUGGGCCGUUGACAAGAGCAAAUAAGAGAGAUGAGCAGUGUUUUGUCAUGUAUAUAUCUUUUCUUAUUUUAAUAAUUACAUUCUUGUAUUAUAUAAAUUAUAUUUGUUUGACUAUUUUUAUUGUUUGUGUGACCUUGCACGAUGGCCUGUGUGUUCAAUAUUUACUGUCCCUGUUGUGAAUAAAUAUAUUUCAUGGA